AAUCUCUGAAACUGAUAAUGGCAGCGAAGCCUAAACCUCUCUAAUCCCAGACCAUGGCGACCACCAUUCCCAUCCUCUCCUCUCCAAACCCCUCCAUUCUCAGAACCAAAUUCACUUCCUUCUCUCCUGUCACCGCCCGGCUUCAAAACCAAGCCAUUCCCUUUCGGUCUGCAACCAAAAUCCAAUCUUGGAAGACAAACCAAACCCAUAAUCUUGGUGGGUUUCCAGGGAAAGGAGUUGGGUUUGUGUUUGAGAGGAAGUUGAGGGCUCGUGUGAGUGCAAAGGAGGAUGGCGGUGAUGAAGCUGAGGAGGAAAGUAGAGGAGAGAGUACUAUGCCGGAGCGGUUUAGGUACUUGAACAAAGAAGCUCCUGACCCUCCUGUCAGGUGGCCUUGGUUUCUGGCAUCGGCCUUUCUCAUCUAUGCAUGGAGAGCUGUCUUGUUAGAAUUAUCUAACUGGAGAAAGGGUGCACUAGCUAUUGUCCAAUUUGUGGGAUACCUCUUGAAGCUUAGCUUGGCCGUCAUCUUUCAUUUUGUAGGCGAUCCCAUCACCUACAUGAUCAGAUUCGUAGAAACAAUCUUCUAUGCUGUUCGCGCUUACUACUCUGAGAUAGUGGCGUACGCUCCAAUUCCAGAGUUGACUACAGUUAUCAUGCUGGCUUCAGCUGUUCUUGCUAUUGCAGAAGCUGUCGUUCCAAACUCUGUAAACUGUCAACCUAUUCUGCUCACGUUAUCUGGUGUGGUAGGCUAUGCAGUUGUGUUUGAUUACAUCUCAGAGCCUUUCUUCUACACGAUUCUAGUGGGGUUGUAUGGUUACUCACGAUUUGUUAAAAGGAGGGACGAUGUUACAUCUGCAUUGCCAGCUGCAGCUGUGUUGGCUGCUGUAGGAGAACCAUGGAUUAGAGUUUUGGUUCUACCAUUGUUUCUGGCAUUGGCCAUCUUUAUUUAUUCAAAGAAGCUUCCUGAAAGAAAGGAGGAUCUUGUAGUCACCAACAGAAAGCUUCCAUUGCCCUUGUUGGGCGCAGCCUUAUCUAUUGGAAUUCGGCUUGCUGCUAACUGGGCUGGGUACCGACAUUUGACAUGGAAGAUAGUGUGACCUUAUCUGUUCUAUGAGAUGCUUCAAUUUUGGUGACAGAAGGAUCCGGCACUUAUAGCUGCUUAGAGUCAUCUCUCAAAUUCCAGUAAUAUGGCCGAGUCUUGCUAUUCCUGUUUUGGUCUCAAAAGUGUACUGCUUACUUGAAAUUGUACGUAGAUGUGUUUUAGUAGAUUGAAAAUGUGUUUGAAAUUUUUUAUUAGUGAAAGUCUGAAAGAUAUUCAAGCGAAGAUGUAUUUUGCCUGGUAGUUCAUGACAAGAGAUGUGGAAGAUUGAGAAGAGCAUGAGUGAACUCACAGAAGAUUAGGGGAGGUGGGAUCAUUCCAUGUAAUAAGCUUAAAUUCUUAUCUAUUUUCCGCAUAAUUGCCAAAUUGCCGCCUUAUUAGGUUUCA